AUGUUGUCAAAGCAGCCGCAGACAUCGCUGUUUCAAGUUUAUCUUCGUUUACGCCCUCCAAUCACAAACAAGCGCGAUGAAUCCGAAUCCGAACGGUUUCUCAUGGUCGAGCUGCCAGAAAUAUCCGAAAGUGACAGGGAAAUUGCUGUACCUGUUCCAACACAUGUCACUCUGCAGCCACCCAGUGACUCGCGAAAGCGCGCUAUCGAGAAAUUUGGAUUCACAAAAAUCUUUGAAGAGAUCGCGUCCCAAUUAGAUGUCUUCCACGAUACCGGCAUGGGAUCACUAGUGCGAGGCGUCUUGAAAGAAGGGCGAGAUGGAUUGGUAGCAACUUUAGGCGUUACCGGCAGUGGAAAGAGCCAUACUAUUCUAGGAUCCAGAUCCGAACGAGGAAUGACCCAAAUGGCCCUAGAUAUCAUCUUUCGAUCACUGGAACCAACUCUCAAGACCGAGGAUAAUAGCAUAAGUCCAAUGCUACUCGCUUCCCUGGCAGCAUCAGACACCUCCGAGGCCCAGUUAUUCUCCGCCCAAACUUUCCUGGAAGCGGUAUAUGGUGAUUUCAAUGGUCGUAGCUCAAGGGCUCAAACGCCCAUGAGCCCAUCUCGUGCAAAUACCCCACUCACGGUACGGACACCCCAAAUCCCUAUUACCCAUGAAGGAUCGCCAAUCGUGCGUCUGUCUAUUCCUGGACGUAGCCAUCCCAGACUACACAAUGCCCCUGGAAGCCUAAGCAAGGAUCGACAGACCUUUGGCCUAUCGUCGACUGAGCGACCUGUAUCUUUCAACUCUAUUCCCUUCACCCAUCCCAAUUCUUUUGAAGCAAACUUGGCUAAAUCACAACUUAUUGUUUUAAAGGAACCGACCCCUGCAUUGGUUUUUCCCCGCCGUCAACCUCGCGAACGUCCUACCGCACCCCCCAGACUCCCCGAUAUCAGCCAUCUCGCAGUUGAGCUUAGCCCGACAUCUAACUACAUGGUACUUGUUUCCAUGUAUGAAGUCUACAAUGACCGAAUCUACGACCUCUUAUCCCCGGCUAUCAACACUGGACAAGGUAACAUGUCUCGCGGAAAUGCCCAAAAAGACCGUCGACGCCCGUUACUGUUCAAAUACACUGAAUCCUCCCCGGAACAGAAGCUUGUAUCAGGUCUCCGGAAGAUUGCUUGCAGCACGUAUGAGGAUGCACUACACAUUCUUGACAUAGGCUUGACAGAGCGUAAAGUUACCGGCACAGGUGCCAAUAGUGUGAGUUCCCGAAGUCACGGCUUUUUCUGUCUGGAGGUCAAGAGAAAGUCACACAGCAAACGAGACGGCGAAGCCACAUGGGUAGGCAACACUCUCACAGUUGUGGACUUGGCAGGUUCUGAACGAGCAAGAACCGCUAAAACAGCCGGGGCUACUCUCGCAGAGGCUGGCAAAAUCAAUGAAAGUCUGAUGUAUCUUGGUCAAUGCCUUCAAAUGCAAAGUCACUUCCAAGAUGGCGCAAAGACUGCUCUUGUUCCCUUCCGCCAGUGUAAACUGACCGAACUCCUGUUCUCUAAUUCUUUCCCAUCUUCGAAUCAAAUGUCCCGAGGACUCCACCCGCAGAAGGCCAUCAUGAUUGUUACGGCCGAUCCUCUGGGCGAUUUCAACGCUACAUCCCAGAUUUUGCGCUAUUCUGCACUUGCUCGUGAGGUAACCGUGCCUCGUGUUCCAUCCAUCACCGGGUCCAUAAUUUCUGUCGCCUCUGGUAAAGACCGACGUUCUGCUGCUACUUCUACUAGCGGCCGUACAACACCUCUUUAUCCAUCCUCCGAGGAAAUGGAGCAGGCCAUGGCCGAGAUCGCACGUCUCACAAAGGACUGCCACAGUUUCGCUGUACGACUUGCUGAGGAGGAGAUUGCCCGUUCUGAGAUCGAAAUGAGACUGAGAGCAGCUGAAAAUCGCGCAAUGAACAUUGAACAAGAUGUUCGAGAAGAGUGUUGGGCCGAAAUGGAUGAGAUGAUGGAGCAGGAACGGCGGCGAUGGCAGAAUGCGUGGGAUGAACAGAUUGGUCGCAACAACGAACAUGUAGAUCGAAAGAUCGAGCUUGUAUCGAGGGGAUUUAACAUUUACGAAGACCCUGAGCCUUCCACAAGCGAGCGCAUAGAAGAACUUGAAGAUGAGAAUGACCGUCUUCGAAGCCGCCUUGCUACUCUGGAGCGUGAGAUGAAUUCUCAAUCCCCUACUCGCAAGCCCAGGUCGCACGCUCCUGGCCCCCGCUCAGCCAACAUACUCGGUCGUGAGAGUGAUGUUCAAAAUGCCAUACAACGUAUGAAUCAACUGCGCCUCACAGAUACCAUGUUCACCACUUCAUCCAAAACCCCCUCGCCGGACAAGAAGCCAAGAAAGAUGGCUACCAGAAAGUACGACCUAGGUCCUGAAAACGAGAUCUAA